CAGUAGGGGUAGCUAUGGAGAUGGAGCGUUUUCCUGGCUGCUUUCUUUGACAGGUGUUGAGUGGGGCAAAAGUCUUAAAACAGAAUCCAGCAUGUACGCCAAAGGUAAAGGAGCUGUCGUCCCGUCUGAUAGCCAGGCGAGAGAGAAGUUAGCUUUGUACGUCUACGAGUAUUUGCUUCAUGUUGGCGCGCAGAAGUCUGCACAGACCUUCCUGUCGGAGAUUCGAUGGGAAAAGAAUAUCACACUUGGGGAACCUCCUGGAUUUCUGCACUCGUGGUGGUGUGUAUUCUGGGAUCUGUACUGCGCCGCCCCAGACCGGAGGGAGACAUGCGAACAUUCCAGCGAGGCCAAGGCUUUCCAUGAUUACAGCGCAGCUGCGGCUCCCAGUCCUGUGAUGGGCAACAUGCCACCCAACGAUGGCAUGCCAGGAGGACCCAUGCCCCCAGGCUUCUUUCAAGGUCCUCCAGGGUCACAGCCGUCCCCUCACACGCAGCCUCCUCCACACAACCCCAGUAACCCCAUGAUGGGACCUCAUGGACAGCCAUUCAUGUCUCCGCGGUACCCAGGUGGGCCGAGGCCGUCACUUCGAAUGCCAAAUCAGCCACCUGGGAGCAUCCCUGGAUCACAGCCGCUCCUGCCAAACAGCCUGGACCCGACCAGGCCUCAAGGACAUCCAAACAUGGGAGGUCCAAUGAGAAUGAAUCCACCUCGAGGGAUGGGAGGAAUGGGCCCACAGAACUACGGUGGUGGGAUGAGACCUCCGCCAAACUCCAUGGGACCAGGGAUGCCUGGCAUGAACAUGGGUCCUGGUGGAAGAGGUCCGUGGCCCAAUCCCAACACCAACUCGAUAGCGUAUUCGUCUUCGUCUCCGGGCAACUAUGUGGGCCCUCCUGGGGGAGGCGGCCCACCAGGAACUCCCAUCAUGCCUAGCCCUGGAGAUUCCACCAAUUCAAGUGAAAACAUCUACACAAUGAUGAACCCAAUCGGUCCUGGAGGGAAUAGACCUAAUUUCCCAAUGGGACCAGGUCCUGAUGGACCCAUGGGCGGAAUGGGAUCGAUGGAGCAGCAUCAUAUGAAUGGAUCAUUAGGUUCUGGUGACAUGGAUGGGUUGCCAAAGAAUUCUCCUAACAACAUGGCGGGCAUGAACAAUCCCCCCGGCACCCCUCGGGAUGACGGCGAGAUGGCAGGCAACUUUUUAAAUCCAUUCCAAAGUGAAAGUUAUUCACCCAACAUGACGAUGAGUGUGUGAUUUUUUUUUUUUAUCUUUUAUUUUAUUUGUUUUUCAUCUUCCCCUGUCCCGCCUUCCCUCUUUGACCCCCACCCUCACCCUCACCCAACCCCAUGUGUCUGGCAUUAUCCCCCAUCCCUCCUCUCACCACCUCUCUCCGUGGAUGGUGCGCGGUGCCACACAGCCCCUGGGUAUGUCCCUGGAAGGCAGGACUCCCCUCAAGGGCCCCCAUCCAAAUGUCUGCAAAAUGGGGGUGAGAACAUGAACUGGACUCCAAGCAACAGGAGGGGGCUACUAGCCUCGAGGCUCACUUCAUGAACCCUCGGACACUGGGAGCCUGUUCCCCUGCCGUCAGGGGGGUUGUCAGGACGCCAUUCACUGGAGGGCAUGAACAAGUGCCCUCCUCACAUCUCUCUACUUCUGUGAUAUGAACUGAUGUUAUUUUCAGAUACAAAUGGUUUUGACAAUAAUAUAAUGGUGACACUAUUGUAGUUUUGAUUUUCUGCAAGGGCACAUUUGAUCUCAGCAGCAUCAGCAACGGCAGAAUAAGCACACGUUUGAAAUAAUGCACAAUAAUUUUCUGUUUACAUGAUUUUUAUUUGAUAUUUGUGGUCUCUGCAUACCUCUCUGUGAACUCACUCAACCUGUAGCUGUGUUUUUGCGCUGCGACGAGUAACAAUGAGGCCUAAAAGGACCCGGUAACAUUGGGUAAGAUCUGAGAACGGUGUCUUAACAUGAACCGUCUCAGAGCAACUGAAGUCUCGGUGGUCAUUUCAGUUUUGUGAAUUCUCACGGGUUUGGUCUUGUCUGUAAAUACGACAUAUUUUGUUUUUAAUUGUUUGUUAAUUUACAAUUGUGUGUCGCUCCUGUUCCUUCCAGCGUUUUGAUUACAAACCGGCGUUCGGGCCUGUAGCCAGAGUCUCUGUUGGACUUCUCUAAAAGACAAUGGCAGAUUCAAAGACCUCUUUAUUUCAGCUGCGGUUUUCAUCACCUAUAAUCUUGGAAACAGGGAUGGUGUUCUUUAUAGUCAAAAAACAAAUCAGGAUUCAGAUUGAAGUGGACUAAUGAAAUGAGAGGAAUGAUACAGGAUGUAUUACCAUUGUUGUUUUUUGUUAUUUUUGCUUUUUUUUUUUACCCGGGAAAAUGAGAAGCCCAUACAAUCAGAAUAACUUCAUGAUAUCAGCUCUUUGUCACUUGUAUUGUAACAUGAUGUCAUAUUUGCGCCCUCGCCAUGGUGAUGCACUUAUCAUGUCUCAGAUAUCAGCCUGAGUUAAACUGUGACUCGGCCGCAUCCGUGUAGUGGCACAUGCCGCCCUUGACUCCUUCAGUACCAGCUCCAUGUUCCCCGCCCACCCGCAGGUUAAUUUCAUGUUUUCUUUGUUGUUGUUUUGUUUUUUGUAAAUAUUGUAAAAUGCAUUUUGAUAUCAUUGACAUGUUUUGAUAUGUCAGUCACUACCAAUGAAUACAGCAGAAAGUAAAUUAUAAUUGUCCAUGUUUUUCAUAGAGAAAAGGUGCGCCGACUAUUUGGCUCAUUUCCAUGAAUAUGUAUGGAAACGACGCGUGUGUGUGUGUGUGUGUAUGUAUGUGCGUGCGUGCGCGUAUGUGUGUCGGGACGGAGAGAGGACAGUACUGAGAAGCUGAACGACAGCAUGACAAUUACUUCUUCGUCCUCCCUCGGCCUCACUGGCUGAGUGUGAUAUUUGUAUCAUAAAGGGCAACAAAUGUGUGACCUCGCCUUUCUGUUUAAUAUGAAGGAUUUUUCAAAUUUAGGAUUUUCUUUUCAAUAUGAAAGCUGAUGUUGAAUUAAGAGAUCAUAAGGUGUGUUGGGAAGUGUGUCCUUCACUGUGCGCUCCUGUAAAGAGUCUUGUAUAGAUGGAAGCUCUCGCUGAUCCUCUCUCAGUCCUCUGUGUAUAUCGAUCGUUGGGCAUCUCUGUACUUCUAUUGUGAUGUAUAAUACUGUACCAUUAGGAAGAUUUGCAGGUUGGGAGGGGGGAAUAUAAAAUGAUUUUCCUGUACCGUUCAUGGUCCUUUCUGAUGACAUGGCAGUAUUCAAUAUGAAGCAGUCUGUCUAUUGGGUUUGCUUUGUAUUUCAUGGUAGGAUAGCUCGGAAUCUUGUCUUAGGGACUUAGGUGUCUUGUGUAGGUAAUACAGAUGUUCUUUGUAUGUUCCUUUAUAAUGUAAAGUUUCUUUAGAUUGAGAGAAAAAUUGAUAGUUUGCUUAUCAGAAAAGAAAUGAUGCAUCAAUAAUAAAUGUCAUUUGAUUUUU